GAAGAAUUGGUGAGGCGAAGCCAAAGGAUUUGAGACUUGGAUUUACCGGUGGUCGAUCGCUCUCCCAAGAAUGCUCACUCAUUUCCUCUAUCGCUCUCACGCUCCGUCUCUCCUCUUUUCCAGAACCUUCUCCUCCUCUUCUACGCUUUUCGUCAAAGGCGUAUCUUUCUCAAGCACAGAAGAGACGUUAACGCAAGCGUUUUCUCAAUUUGGCCGAGUUCUUGGAGUGGAUGUUAUAAUGGACGAAGUCAGAUGUAGGCCAAAAGGGUUUGCUUAUGUCACUUUCUCUUCUAAAGAAGAAGCUGCGAAAGCUUUAUUAGAACUAAACGGACAGUUGGUAGAUGGGCGGGUCGUGAUCCUUGACACCACAAAAGCUGUAAAACAGAAUCGACCGGACAGCAAGCCGAAGCAUGCAGUGGAAGGAGUUCCGAACAGCCAAAACCUUGCUACUCCAGAAAAUUAGGCGAGAAGGUCUGCAUCGCGCAGCAGAAGGAAAAGACUAGAAAGCCUCUGACUUGUCAAGAAUCAAUGGUCAUGUGAGGUUGACCUGAGAGUCUUUUGUUCUUGUUGAUGUUUGUACUUGGUCUUUACCUCAUUGACACAUUCUUUUUCUUACAAAUUUCUUCAUAUUUAUUUUCAUUACCUUAGAAGCAUAUCUGAAGAUUGAGAAAUAUGAAACAUCAUUGCCUUCUGAGCUAGCUAGUUUGUGCUCUAAACACUGUUCCAGGACUCUCUCGAGUCUUGACUCACAAAUGCUCUAAUCUUUGUUAGUUAAUUUUUAUUUCCU